GACCGAGAGGGGCAGAUGAUAGCAGACUGCAAGAAUGUGCGAUGCGUAAACACCCAGGAGGGAGCAGCUAGCUGCACCAGGGAGCUGUAGGCAUUCAGAUGAAACUUGAAUUUUUCCAAAGGAAGUUCUGGACUGCCAGCAGACAGUGCGCCUCUCUGGAUGGCCGGUGCCCCAUCAGCUGCGAGGACGAGACUGUGAACUGUUACCUCAUAGACAAUAAUGGAUUUAUUCUGGUGUCUGAAGACUACACGCAGACUGGAGACUUCUUUGGUGAGGUCGAGGGAGCUGUGAUGAACAAACUGCUAACAAUGGGCUCCUUCAAAAGAAUUACGCUUUAUGACUAUCAGGCCAUGUGCAGGGCCAACAAGGAAAGCAGUGACGGGGCCCACGGCCUCCUGGACCCUUAUAAUGCCUUCCUUGCUGCAGCAAAAUGGAUAAUGACAGAACUUGUCUUGUUCCUGGUGGAGUUUAACCUCUGCAGCUGGUGGCACUCAGAUAUGACAGCUAAAGCCCAGAAGUUGAAACAGGCCCUGGAGCCUUGCGAUACCGAGUACCCAGCGUUCGUCUCCGAGCGCACCAUCAAGGAGACGGCCGGGAACGUGGCCUGCGAGGACUGCUCCAAGUCCUUUGUCAUCCAGCAGAUCCCGAGCAGCAAUCUGUUCAUGGUGGUGGUGGACAGCGGCUGCCUCUGUGAGGCCGUGGCGCCCAUCACCAUGGCACCCAUUGAAAUCAGGUAUAAUGAAUCCCUCAAGUGUGAACGUCUAAAAGCCCAGAAGAUCAGGCGACGUCCGGAAUCCUGUCACGGCUUCCACCCCGAGGAGAAUGCACGGGAGUGCGGCGGUGCCCGCGGCCUGCAGGCCGGGAUGGCCCUCGCCAUGCUGCCUCUGCUGCUGCUGCUGGUCUUCUCAAGGUGACACCGACCGAGAUGUCUUCCUGGCAUGCUGAAUUAUGGGGAAACUGUGAACCACACUAUGGUGCGACGCAGGAGACAGAUAUAGUCCGACCAUCAGCAUCUCAUGAUUUUAAACUGUGCGUGAUAUAAACUCAAAGAUAUGUUCACAAAAAAAAAGUUAUCUUUUUACUUUUUGCCAGUCAUGCAAAUGUGAGUCUGCUACAUGACCACCAUCACCAUCCGAGUCGGGGCGGCCCGCGGGCACUGUCCCUUCUGCUUGAAACCCAUUGAAACCACUUUAAAACUGCAUACUUUUUAAAUAAAGUAUAUUAAAAUCAUAA